GGACAGACAGAGCAGAGAGGAGAGGGCACGAGGAUCCACGUUCUCUUCUUCUUCUUCUUCUUCUCCUUCUUCUCGUGUGAGGAUGAGUGUGGUCCUCGUGGACAGCGCGUGUCUCCUCUCCGCCCUGCAGCCGAACUCCUCCUGCACCGCGUACGCGCUGCCCUCGGACGGUCCGAGUCCGGACCCGGCGGCCAGAGCCCGGAGAGUCCAGGAGCAGGUCCGGAGGAGGCUGCAGGAGAACAAGAAGUCCAGCUCCCUGACCAGACUGGACGAGCCGCUGUCCGGAUCCACAGAUUUUUAUUUUCCUGAGACCAAGAACCUGGUCCACCAUCAUGGUUUUAGUUCCAGAUCCAUGGGUUACACACCCAGCCGUGUCAUGGCCGUCCCCACAGUUCCUCUCCUGUCCUCGGGUUUCUCGUCUCACUCUGCCGUUGAAGGCAGUUACAACACAAACCACAAGAGAAGCAGCGCGGUGCAGAGCAGCUUCCAGACCAGCAGUAGGCGCUCUAAGUCUCAGUGCCAGGCCGAGCACGAGUGGCUUCCCCCCGAGGUUUCCUCUGUGCCGCUCACAGCGCCGCCCUCAGGCAGUCUGCGGCGCAGCCUCAGUGGGACGCUGGCUCAGGACAGAAGUUUCUGGCAGGAGGAGCCAGCGUUACAGUCCACCUACAAAGGCCCCUCCCACCGCACCAUCAGCCGCAUCGCCAACCGUCAGCUGCAGCAGGAGAGCUGGCAGGGGACGAGCAGGGCUGUCCCUGCGGGGGGGAACAGCUGGGGGACUCAGUGGCAGCAGCACGUGUCCAGGGCGGGGACAUACCAGGUCCCCCUCAAACGCACGCCGUCUGUCCGCAGUGUGAGGAGCGUCGGGAAAGGAGUGGACGUCCUGGACGGAGCGUCCAUACACAGCAACGACGCUCUGGCAGAGAUGCAGGGUCUGGACAUGGUCACAGCGGUCAGAUAUCUCUCUGAACCGGACGUUGCUCUGCACGUUCUUGGAGCUGCAUUCAUUCAACACCAGUGUUACCAUAGCAACGAAGCCAAAAACCAGGUCCGGGUUCUACACGGUAUCCCAGCUCUGGUUCAGCUCUUCACCAGUGACAACCAGGAAGUGCAACGCUAUGCCACCGGUGCCACACGGAACCUCAUCUACGAAAACGCCGACAACAAAAUGGCACUCAUAGACGCUGGAGGACUGACGCAUCUCAUCGGUGUCCUCAGUGAACCUGACGAGGAACUUCGGAAGAUCAUCACAGGUGUCCUGUGGAAUCUGUCCUCCAGAGACAACCUGAAGGAAAAGCUGUGUCGAGACGCUUUAGCCGAGCUGACGGACAACGUCCUGAUUCCUCUGUCCAACAGUCUCCCACUGUCCCCGUCUGAGAGAGACAUCUUCUACAACACCACUGGCUGCUUCAGGAACUUGAGCUCAGUAAAUGAAAGGACAAGACAGAAGAUGAGAGACAUGCGAGGCCUGGUGGACUCUCUGGUGUCUUACAUCCAACAAGAGGACACAGCAGAGAACAAGGGUCUGGAGAAUUGUCUGUGUGUGAUGAGGAAUCUGUCGUAUCAGCUCUACACGGAGCUUCCUCCGUCUGUGCGUCUGCGUCUAGAAGGACCGACCCGAGCUUCUGCCUCCAGGAACAUGGACGCCAUCAGCUGUUUCCCUCUGUACAGCAAGAAACACACUCAGUGUAAACAGAACCUCAGCGUUCUCUCUGAAGUGUCCCGUCAGCCCAAAGGUUCUGAGUGGCUCUGGCACCCGAGGAUUGUGACACUGUACAAGAAGGUUCUUCUGGACUCAGACAGCAGCGCCACCUGCAGGGAGGCUGCUGUAGGAGCUCUGCAGAACAUCACCACAGGAGACACCUGGUGGUCAUCAGUACUGACCGCUGUGGUCACAGAGCAGGAGAAGAUGUUGUCCGUCCUCCUCGAUCUCUUAGACUCCAGCAGUGACACGGAGCUCCAACCUUUGACUGGUCUGCUGAGAAAUCUGUCCAGACACUCGUCCAACAAAGACCACAUGGCGAAGACCAUGGUGAACAUCAUUGUGUCCAAGCUGCCGUGUGAUGGACUCCAGAAGACACCGUCCAGCGAGGUGGUGUCCAACCUGUGUGGAGUCCUCAAUCACCUGGUCACCUGCAGCUCUCUGGCCGCGCGUGACAUCACUUACUUCAACGGCCUGUCCAAGCUGGUGGGCAUCAAGACCUUCCACGACCACAGUCCUGGGAGAGUGAAAGCAGCGAGAGCCGCCUCCACCGUGCUCUACAACAUGUUUCAGUACAACAAGCUGCACAAACACUACAAACUGAAAGGAUUUUCCCGGAAGGAUUUCACAGAUGCCUCCAUGUAGACAUGUCACAUGACUGUGGACAGAGGAGGAGGAGCAGGAGAAGGAGGAGCAAGACGAGCAGGAGGAGCAUGGAGAGGUGUUUAUCUAAACGUGUCUGAAUCGCAGGAGGAGUUGAUUUUAGUAGCUCGUUGUUAAAGACACAGUCCCGGGUUCUGACUCACUGUCAGAGCUGACUGCUGACUACUGCGCCCCCUGCUGCUGAGAACCAGCCUGACACUCAGGAAACAAUUAAAAUGAAAUUGAAUUGAAACUGAAGUCUGUAAACUACUCACUCUCCCACACCAAAGUCCAGAGAGAAAAUCAGUGAUUGUAGCUGCUGGUCCUCUGCUGCCUUGUGUGGUCACUUUGUGUCACUGACUCAAAAUAAGACAUUUGAACUUAGUGGAGGAGGCAGUGUGUGUGUGUGUGUGUGUGUGUGUGUGUGUGUGUGUGUGUGUGUGUGUGUGUGUGUGUGUGGGAGAGUGAGUUCUUUACAAACUUCAGUUUCCUGUAAUAAAAGUCAGUCUAACAGUGAGAUAAAGACGUGAUCAUGUGACGUAGAAAGUCUUUUGUUAAAGUGGAUAAAAGCUGUCUGUAGUUUAUGUGAAGGAGACAGUGAGACAGAAGUGAGACAGUCUCACCCUCAGAGAACUCACUGCUCUUUGUCAGUGUUUUCCUCAGAACAGCGUGUUCUGUCGACUCCUUUUUUAAAAUAAGUUUGUUUGAAUUCAUUUAGGAGCAGAUUUGAACUUUUUAUACGUUGGUAUUGUUUGUAAAUUAGUUUUACUUUCGUUUUAUUAGUUUGAGUUUUUCGUAAUAUAGAUAUAGAUUAGGUGAUUCACUUCAUAUCAUUAUGUAUGAAAUUCAUUUGCAAAGAUGAAAACUAAGCACAUUUUUUGAGUUAGUUUUAUAAACACACAAUUCACUUUCAGUUUGUUAUCGUUUUUAGUUUUAUUUCAGUGAAUAAAAAUGUUUUUCUUACUUAUUACAAAGUCUUACUUUGAGCAAAUGAUUAAUCUUUUUCUUUAUCGAACAUCAAAGCAUUAGUCUUUGAUGUUAGAUAAAGAAAAGAUUAAUCAUGAUCUUAAUGCGUUCAUCUUUUCCUUCUUUUUUUUUUAUUUUCCUCUCCUUAGUGGUUGACAACUCGUGUGUAUGUUAAUGUGUGUGUUAGUGUCACCAGGUUAGUGACUCCAGGUCCAGGUCAGGGACUGAGGUCCAGAUCGUGGAUUGAGACGUGGCUCCUGUGUCUCAGACUGGUUCUCAGCACAGUCUAACAGAGAAGAUAACACAACUAAAACAUCGUUCAGAGGAGUUUCCAGAUGUUAUUUUAGAUGUGUGGUGGUGGGAGGAGACACAAAGCCUGACCUUCACACUGAAAGUGUAUGUUAGGGAGGCUCAGAGAUUCACUCACCCACUCACUGUGACGUCACAAACUCACCAAAACACAAAAACACCUUUGAAACUUGUUACGUUGCCAUUAAAAUGAAGAUGAAAUAAGAGUGAGAAAAGUUCAAUAUGUAGUUUGAUGUUAAAUGAAUCUAUAAAUGAAAAUAAUCCUUCUAACUCAGUAUGAAAUCCAUAGGAACAGUUUCAUGCUCUAACUUCACCAGCCACCAGGGGGCAGAAUAUCAUGAGUCACAUUCAAACUGUCAAAAUUCAGAAAAGAAAACAAUUGAAUGAUCAAGUGUUUUUGAGAAAAUCAUCGACUGCACCUUUACUUUGACAUCCAAACAGCUAGCAUUUGUUGACAAGCAUCAUAUCCAAAGAUGCUAAUGUUAGCAACUUUGCUAAUAUUAGCAAACAUGGCUAAAGUUUGCAAAGUCUGCUAGCAAUCCUGCUACCUAAAGCAACGUUGCUAAUGCUGGCUAAUGUUGCACAGUUCUGCUAAUGUUAGCAACUUUGCUAACGUAAAGUUUGGUGGGAAAACAAAGGAAACAAAAUGGCCACCACAGCAGUAAAUGUUUUAAAAGAAGAUUGACAUUAUUUUACGAUGAACGUCCACACGCGUGAGUGUCGUGUCUGCGUUGAGGAGACACAAACACAUCAUGUAUUCAUCACUUCUGUAAUCUGCUUGUUUGUACUAAUACAUAAUAAACUAUAAAUAUCUAAAGUC